CGCUCUCAGACGCGGCCUGGGAAAGGGGGUCGGUACAGCCUGUGGGUAAGGGUAAUCGGCGGAGAGCCUGUAGGAGGAUCCCUGCUGGCCUUGCCCUCUCGGCACUGGCCGACCACCCAGGAAGGCUCCCUGGGCAGGAAAUCGGGCGGUCCAAGCCUCGAAGAGCAGAAGAUGGAAAAAGUCUGGAAAAACGAAGGGAUUUCUCAAGAAAAUGGCAGCAGCCUUUACUGAUGGGAUCCUGAGAAGAGGAGUGGAUAAUCGGUAUCUGGUUUUGAAGGUCAAUACUGUACAGAAUGAAGGAAGCCAGGAGAAACAUCUCAUCAUAACAGCUGCUCAGUCUCUGGAGGAUCAAGAGCUGUGCAUCCUGAGGGACGAGUGGGAUGACCUUUCAGUAGAGCCAGGAGACAUCAUACAUUUGGAAGGAGAAUACAAAGCAGAUGCUUGGAUAAUAGAUAAAGAUUUUGGAUAUCUGAUUCUCUACCCAGAUAUGUUGAUUUCUGGCACAAGUGUAGCUAAUAGCAUUCGCUGUAUGAGAAGAGCAGUUUUGAAUGAAAAUUUUCGGAGCUGUGAUUCCAGUUCACACCAAAUGCUUAUUGGCACAGUCCUUCAUGAAAUAUUCCAGAAAGCAAUAAAUGACAGUUUUACUCAAGAAAAACUCCAAGAACUUGCUCUACAAACUAUUCAAGAAAUAAAACACCUAAAGGAAAUGUACUAUUUAAAUCUGAAAGAAGACGUAUUUAAGCAAGAAAUAGAAGACUAUCUUCCAUCAUUUUCUAAAUGGGCAGAGGAAUUCAUGCAUGGGCCCAUGUCAGCCGACCUUCCCAUGAUGCAGCAAACUUUAUUAAGUGAUAGAAACAAGAAUGAAUCGCCCUAUAGAAUUCAAGUAACAGAAGCUCUAGACAUCGAGGAGAACAUUUGGUCUCCAAGGUUUGGCCUGAAGGGCAAGAUUGAUGUCACAGUCAACGUGAAAAUACACCGUGGGUCUAAAGCUACGUGCAGAGUGAUGCCAUUGGAGCUUAAAACCGGCAAGGAAUCCAACUCUAUUGAGCACAGAAGCCAGGUGGUUCUCUAUACACUACUAAGCCAAGAAAGGAGGGCGGAUCCAGAGGCUGGAUUGCUUCUCUACCUCCGGACUGCUACCAUGUACCCAGUGCCGGCCAACCGUCUUGACAGGAGAGAGUUAAUAAAGCUAAGAAACCAGUUGGCAUUCUACCUGUCCCACAGUGUCACCAAAUCCAUUGCGGAAAAGGAGCAAACUCAGCUGACACCAUUGCCGCCCGUCAUUAAUGAUAGUUUUGCCUGUAAAUAUUGCUCACAAACGUACAACUGUGCUCUUUAUAGCAGAGCAGUGGAACAGCCCAUGGACAAGAGCCUGGCUGCGGGCGCCACGCUGCCUAAAAUAGAAAAGAUGACCCAGCACUUGAAGUAUUCCCAUCUCCAGUAUUUCAGCCUCUGGUAUCUCAUGCUCACCCUGGAGUCCCAAUCGAAAGACACCCGGAAGAGCCACAGAAACAUAUGGCUAAUGUCAGCUGCAGAAAGAGAGAAGACUGGAGACUGCAUUGGAAAUCUGAUGAGAACAGAAGAUGUACAGACUAUUUGUAAUGGACAAUAUUUACAUACUUUUCAGCAUAAACAUGGCACAAUACCUAAUACAAACCUGAUGACAGGAGACAGAGUCAUGCUAAGUGGAGAAGAAAGAAGGCUACUGGCUUUGAGUAGUGGCUAUGUCAAGGCGAUCACCAGGACAACAGUCACCUGUUUGCUAGACAGGAAUUUAUCAAAAUUGCCUCGAGUAACUUUGUUUAGAUUAGACCAUGAAGAAAGAAUUGGUGGUAUUGAAACCCCACUAGGAAACCUGUCUAAACUGAUGGAAAACACCCCUGUCAGUGAAAAGCUUCGAGAUUUAAUCAUUGACUUCCGUGAGCCCCAAUUUAUACAGUAUCUGAGUUCUGUGCUUCCGCACGAAGCAAAGGAUACCGUUGCCAACAUUUUAAAAGGCUUGAAUAAACCCCAGAGGCAAGCAAUGAAAAAAGUACUUCUUUCCAAAGACUACACACUUAUUGUCGGUAUGCCUGGGACUGGGAAAACCACGACAAUAUGUGCCCUAGUAAGAAUCCUCUAUGCCUGUGGCUUCAGUGUUUUGUUGACCAGUUACACUCAUUCGGCUGUUGAUAAUAUUCUUUUGAAGUUAAUGAAAUUUAAAGUAGGAUUUUUGCGUUUGGGCCAAACUCAGAAGGUUCACCCGAACAUCCAGAAAUUUACAGAGGAAGAAAUUUGCAGAGAAAAAUCUAUUAAGUCCUUAACUAGUCUGGAGGAGCUCUAUAACAGUCAACCUAUAGUUGCAACAACAUGUAUGGCAAUAAACCACCCAAUUUUUUCCCGGAAACGAUUUGAUUUUUGUAUUGUGGAUGAAGCUUCCCAGAUUAGCCAACCGGUUUGUCUGGGGCCGCUCUUCUUUUCAUCUAAGUUUGUACUGGUAGGAGACCAUCUGCAGCUUCCUCCCCUCGUGCUGAAUAGCGAAGCAAGAGGUCUUGGCAUGAGUGAAAGUUUAUUCAAGAGGCUGGAGCAGAAACAGAAUGCCGUUGUUCAGUUAACUGUGCAGUAUAGAAUGAACAGUACAAUUAUGUCCUUAAGUAAUAAGCUCGUGUAUGAAGGAAAACUCGAGUGUGGCUCAGACAGAGUUGCCAAUGCCAUCGUCAGUCUGCCCUUCCUGAAAAACGUCAUGCUGGAUCUCCAAGCUCGUACCGAUCAUUCUCAAACCUCUUGGCUGAAGGAGGCAUUUGAACCAAACAAUCCUGUCUGUUUUCUUAACACAGAAAAGAUUCCAGCACCAGAGCAGGCUGAAAAGGGUGGUGUGAGUAACAUAAUAGAAGCCAAGUUAAUAGUUUUCCUGGCCUCAGUUUUUAUAAAGGCAGGUUGUAAUCCCUUAGAUAUUGGCAUCAUCGCUCCAUACAGACAGCAGCUGAAGAUCAUCACUCAUUUGCUGAACCAUUCCUCUGUCAAUACAGUAGAAGUGAAUACGGUGGACAAAUAUCAAGGAAGGGAUAAAAGUAUCAUUCUAGUGUCUUUUGUUAGAAGUAAUAAAGACGGAAAUCUUGGUGAGCUUUUGAAGGAUUGGAGGCGCCUGAACGUUGCCAUCACAAGAGCCAAACACAAGCUGGUGUUGCUGGGCUGUGUGCCGUCGCUGAGCCAAUACCCUCCUUUGGAGAAGCUGCUCCGUCACCUACAUUUGGAACACAAGAUAUCCUUUUUAGCAGAGGCUAAGUGAUUUGUUUAGAGUCUCAUAGCUAGUAAAUGUUUGAGGCUGAGUUUGAACUCAGGACUUCUUGAUUCUGGCCCCCAAAAUUGUACCAUCUAAGUGCCCUUAAAGAAUGGUUGAUGAGGUGAAAAACGUAGGGGAAGGGACAAUCUCUUCCCCUCCUUUCUUAUUCAUGCUACAAACCAUAGCCUUAUUCACUCUGGGACGUGGCAUUAUAUAAACCAGAGAAUGAUGUGUGUCUAUGUGAUUAUUUUGAUGGCAGGAGAUGGCUUUUUAAAAAAAGAAUAAUAAUGCUCUUUGACAAGAUAAUUUAAAAAAUUUAAAAUGUUAAAUAUAUAUUUUUGCUUAAAAGCCUUAUUACAAUAUUAGCUCAUAAAAAUCCUUAAAGUUAUUUUAGCAGUAUUCUAAAUAAACUUGCAGGAUAAACCUUUGAAAUAUAAUGUAAUAAAAAUACCAAGCCAUACACUGUCUAUGGGGACACAUGGCCUGAAAUGUAUAUUUCCUUAAUAGCUUUACAUUUUCAAUCUUCCUUUGGGAGCCCAUGAAAGUAUUUGUCAAUAUAAUGUUCGAUGACUUGAAGAUGAAAACACCAUUUCAAUGACUUUUCAAGAUUGAAGUGCCUUCUUUACACUCUACAUGUUCAUAUUUAAAUAGCCAGGUGCUUACUGUUAGUAAUUUUAUGGGGUUUUCUAAAUGGGAUGAGGUAUUGGUUUUCUUUAUUUCUCAAAACACAUUAAUUUUGAAUGGGAUUUGACUCAAAGGGCACUAUGCCUUUCUAGGAUUUUUUCUAACUUUGUCCUCAACUUAUUAAAAGGUUUAAGUUAGGACAAGAAUUCUUGUAGAGAACCCUAAAACUGUGAAGCUUUAUGAAUUUGAAGUUUUAAGUAAAAUUUUAAAAAUGUGAUGCUAGGAGGCUUGAUCCUCCAUUGCCACCCUUUAGCUUUGAAAAUAAAUGCAUUUCUUGAAGGUUAGAAUUUCAGGACCAGUUUUAGUAUUAUAGAUUUAAUGCUUGGUUAUUUAUUGUGAGAAAAAAAAUAAUUAAAAAAAAACUAGAUAAUUUAAGUUAAUGUUCUUCUGAAGACCAUGUUUCUGGUUCUUCUUUUAAGUCUCUAAUACUAAACCUUUUGUUCCAGAAAGCAUAAUAAUCUUGCCAUGGCGUUAAUUUUGUUUUGAUUUCCUUCUGCCAGUUCCAGACAUUUUCCCUUGUUGUCAGUUUGAACUUGUUAGAUAUAUUCCUGAAUUUAAAGUUGCUUCCAAUUAACUCUCUCUUGCAUUCCCCUUCAUUUUCAGUUAUCUUUGGAUAGAUUUUCAUUGGAAGUAGGAUAUAUUAUACUUAUUCUUAUUUUCAGAGUCAAACUUAUUGUUUGUACAAAGUAGAAAAAGAAUUGACAUGUUCAAUUCUGUUCGUGUUUACAUAUUUCUGGCCUUAUUUAGGCAAAUUGGCAGCUCAGGGUCCUUUUAUUUCUGUAAAAAUGAGUGGAAAUCUGCACUGUUUCAUGUUUGCAUUUUUGUUAUUUAUUUGAUCCAUACGGUUUAAUUUAAAUUUGGAUGGCUUUUCAAUGUACGUUGACUUGGAAGGCCUUUUUAAUAGGCCUAUUUGGGUGCCGAAAUGGUGCCUCUACCCGAUAUUUUUGUUUACACUGUGUCAAAUAAAUUUUUGUUUUCCUCCUC